UUUUGGUGCAUUCAUUUUUCCGUAGCAAGCUCUGUUUUAAAGUCCACUGGGAAUUACAACGGAAUCUUCACCCUGGCGUUCCCCUGCAUCGAUGGAGUGUACCUCCCCAAACACGAGAGUGAGUUUGUGCAUCUGGUCUUGGAGGAGCUCGACACAUUUGAGCAAGAGGACCAGAGGAGCAGGGUGCUGCUGUUCCCCCCUUUCCCCAGCAGACUGCGCUACUUGACCCACAGGACAGUGGAGGACCGGCCUGAGCUCUGCUCCUUCUCUGUGGGGGAGGGUCUGCUCAGGAGGGUGGCUGUGUGCUUCUGCGAUAUCAGGAGUGAAGUGAAGGAGGACAGUGACCUUGAGAGCAGCAGUCUUUAUGAAGAAGUCAAAGAGAGAGACUCAGAACCUAAACCAACGACAGUAAAAAACAGAACACCAAAAAGACCCGACCAGCCACUUUAUCUGCCUCGAGCUGUCAGGGAGAGGCAGAGGGGAGCAGGUAGAGGAGGAGGCCGGGGAGUAAGGGAGGAGACAGGAGAGGGUGGAGUAAGGGAGGAGGAGAGAGGAGAGAUAGUGGCCAGGGAGAGACAGAGAGGACCUGAGGGAGGAGGGAGUGAAGGGGAGAACAGAGGAAAUACUACAGUGAGGGAGGGGGAGAAGAGAAGAGAGGAAGGAGGAGUGAGGGAGGAGCAGAGAGGAGCAGACACCACAGUGAGGGAGGAGCAGAGGAGAGAGGAAGGAGUGAGAGAGAGGGAGCAGAGAAGAGAGAGUGAAGGAGUGAGGGAGAGAUUGGAGGAUGGGAGCACUGAAGUGAACUCCAACCACGACUCGGCUUUAAACAGUGACGACACAGAGGCAUCUUCAUGCACACACAGAGCAGAGGACACACCACCAUAUUGUGACCUGGAGAAGAACCAGGAAGUGAACAGAGUGCAACAGGAAGUGAACAGAGCCAAACAGCAAGUGUGGGAUGAGGACAUUUUGCAGACGGAGGAGAACAGAGGAGACUGUACUCUCGAUCUGAGCUGUGAGUCUGACACAACAGGCGCAGAUUCAGACACAGAGGAGAUCAGCCAAAAGAUCCGUGCUCAUGUUAAAGGGGGAGUGAGUUUCUGCGUUGACCCGGUGCACAGCGACUUCUCGAGCUUUGAGUCUGUGUCUGUGAACAGCGAAGAGUUCAGCCAUGUCAUCGAGAUUUACGAUUUUCCCGUACUAUUCAAGACUGAAGACCUGCUGGACGCCUUCACAGAGUACAGUGAUGGAGGGAUGAAGAUAAAGUGGGUGGAUAACACACACGCUUUGGGGAUCUUCUCCUGUGAAGCAGCUGCUGUCCAGGCUCUGUCCAUCAGCCACCCUCUGCUGAAGACCCGCGCUCUGUCCCAAGGCAGCAAGAAGGCCAAAGGAAAAGCCCUUCGACGAGCAGAGUUCCUGCAGCCUGUUAAGGAGCGUCCCAGAACAGACUGUGCAGUGGCCCGAAGAAUGGUGACCCGAGCCCUAGGUCUACAGAGGAGAGGUCCAAGAUACUGACCAGUACUGACCAGCAGGGGAUGUGUGACCCCUGUGGAGGAUAAUCUGCUGCUGCCUUUCCAGAGGCUAACCUUGUGUCAAAAUUACAACAGAAAAAUGCCACUAAAAACGUUUAGUUUCACAUAUUUUUUAAGUAAAAUCAUUUGUUUAGUCAAAAAUCACAAUUCACCUCAUUUUAAAACUGCUAUAAACUCAGGAUUUAUUUAGUGCACAGAUAUUUGCUGCUGUUACUAUUUAGAAGUGUUAAAUCUACCAUA